AUGCCGCGCCUGCGCAGUGCGGUGUUUGUGUAUUCUGGCUGCGAGGCGGCGCUGGCUCCGGGGGAAGAUGGCGGCGUCCUCACUGGAGCAGAAGCUGUCCCGCCUGGAGGCCAAGCUGAAGCAGGAGAACCGGGAGGCCCGGCGGAAGAUCGACCUGAACCUGGAGAUCAGCCCAGCCCGGGCCCGGCCCAUUAUUGUGAUCACUCUAAGCCCUGCUCCCGCUCCGUCCCAACGAGCAGCCCUGCAGCUCCCUCUGGCGAAUGAUGGCAGCAGCCGCUCCUCUUCCUCGGAGAACUCUCCCCAGCAUCAAACGCACCAGCCGCGCCGCCCCUUGCUGGGCCUGCCCCAGCCAUCCUUCCCCAUCCCCAGGAGCAUGGAGAGUAUAGAGAUAGACCAGAAGCUGCAGGAAAUCAUGAAGCAAACGGGUUACCUGACCAUAGGAGGGCAGCGGUACCAAGCAGAGAUCAAUGACUUGGAGAACCUGGGCGAGAUUGGCAGCGGGACAUGUGGUCAGGUGUGGAAGAUGCGGUUCAAGAAAACAGGACACAUCAUAGCCGUGAAGCAAAUGCGCCGCUCAGGUAACAAGGAGGAGAACAAGAGGAUCCUGAUGGACCUGGAUGUGGUGCUGAAAAGCCACGACUGCCCCUACAUUGUCCAGUGCUUCGGGACCUUCAUCACCAAUACAGACGUCUUCAUUGCCAUGGAGCUGAUGGGCACGUGUGCGGAGAAGCUCAAGAAACGCAUCCAGGGGCCCAUCCCUGAGAGGAUCCUGGGGAAGAUGACGGUGGCGCAUGGGGUGGCCGUGUCCUUUCAGAUCGUUAAGGCGCUCUACUACCUGAAGGAGAAGCACGGCGUCAUCCAUCGGGACGUCAAACCCUCCAACAUUCUGCUAGACGAGAGGGGGCAGAUCAAGCUGUGUGACUUCGGGAUCAGCGGGAGGCUGGUGGACUCGAAGGCCAAGACCCGGAGUGCGGGCUGUGCGGCGUACAUGGCGCCUGAAAGGAUAGACCCUCCUGAUCCCACCAAACCAGACUACGAUAUCCGAGCGGAUGUGUGGAGCCUGGGCAUCUCACUGGUCGAACUGGCUACCGGUCAGUUUCCCUACAAGAACUGUAAAACGGACUUUGAGGUGCUCACCAAGGUCUUGCAGGAAGAUCCUCCCCUGCUCCCAAACAACAUGAGCUUCUCCGUGGACUUUCAGUCCUUUGUUAAAGACUGCCUUACUAAAGAUCACAGGAAGAGACCAAAGUACAACAAGCUACUUGAACACAACUUCAUCAAGCGUUACGAGACACUGGAAGUGGACGUGGCGUCUUGGUUCAAAGACGUCAUGGCCAAGACAGAGUCGCCCCGCACGAGCAGCAUCCUCAGCCAGCACCACCUGCCUUUCUUCACCAGAGUCGUUGUGUCUCCGGGCACCAGCGAGCCGAAGAAGACAAGUCCCUCUCUAUCUCUGUCCCAUGUCCCUGGGAUGGGAAGACUCUUUCCAACUUGGCUCUGCAUCUCCAGCUGGGUGAGAGAAGGCCCUUUCCAGCCUGGCCCUGCAUCUCCAGCUGCUUGAGAGCCUGCAGCCCAGCCAGAUGAGAGGCCUGUUCCAGUCCUGGCCCUGCAUCUCCAGCUGGAUGAGAGAUGCUCCCUUCCAGAUGGGUCCUAUGUCUCGAGCCAGACAAGAGGCCUGUUCCAGUCCCGGCCCUGCAUCCCUGGCUGGACGAGAGAAGCCUAUUUCCAGCCCUGGCUUGCGUCUCCAGCUGGAGAAGAGAGGACUCUUCCCAACCCUGUCCCGCAACCUCCUUCAGACAAGCAGGCUCUGCUGGGAACCUCAUACUUCCCUUGGCCCUGAGAGGUGGCACGUCACCCGUUUAUGCCUCUCUCUUCACCCCUCCUGCCCCCCGAGAAACUUGGGGAAUGGGGAAGGGAGGCUGGGACCCUCGCUCAUGCACUGUGAACAAAGACACACUUUUUUUUUUACUACUUAUUUAUUAAGUUUGGACUCUGCGGGGCUGCGGGCUCCCUACCAUGCCUGUCCGCCAGCCAUCUGCGUUGUUGUUUUAUGUCUCUUACUUUUCUCUCGUGUUUUGGGAUUGUAUCAGGGGAGGGAUGUGGUGGGGGAGGGGGCACCCGGGGUGUGCGGCUUCAGACUUCACCUAGGAGCUCAGCCCUUGCUCUCUUUUCAGUUACUUUUAUUUUUCCUUGGGGGUGGGGCAGGGGAUUAUUCUUGCCGGAAGCAGCUCAGAUGAAAUGAUUUAUGCUGAUGAUUUUUUUUUUUAAUUCUGUUUUUGAUCUCAGGGUUUUUCCUGUUUCCUUUAUUUUAUUUUUUUCCCCUUGGAGUGCGAACAAAAGUUUUUUGUUUUUCUUCUGUCCGCGGCUUUGUAUUUACCAAAGUGAUCGCUGGGCUGCUGAGCAUUGGGAGAACAUGGCUGCAUAUUAUUUUUCUUUUGCUAUUUAAAAGAAGGGCGUGAAAGUGAAAAAAAAGACGUUAAUUCUAGGAGGCAGAAACAAGUGUUUGCAGCCUGCAAUCUCCUCCAACCGCGGCAGCUGCGGAGUUGUAAAAAUCAAAGACACUAAUGAAACUUGAAGUUGUUCUUUUCC